AAGUUCAUUAACCCACUUGGCUAAAUAAUAUACUAUAUGCAUGGCAUAAUUAUUUGUUAAAUUUGUUAGAAAUAUUUUUGUUACCAUUUAUCUAUUAUUAAAAUGUCAAAAGAAUUAAAUAUUGCAGAUAAAACAUAUUACUACGAUUGCAAUGUGAAAGGUGAAAGUAUAGAAUACUUGUUAUAUGAUUUCAAUGAAACUUGGAAAGCAACAAAGACGAAAGAAGAGGUGCUGCAGACUUUACAGCUACUAAAUAAACGUAUAAAAUAUGAUGUGGCAAUUGCAUUUGAUACCUUACAAAAUGCGUUGCCGGAAUCAGGCACUUGGAUUGGAAAUGACAACCAGCCAGAGGCAAGCAAUGCACGUGAGCGUGUUUUAAAACUUAAGUAUCGUGUUAAGGAAUGUCCAUUCCAUUUUGAGUGGCGCUUACAACAACACAACAACCCACUUACCAUCCAACUACCCAUCGGUCAAGUUGCUAGUUUAGUGGAUGUGCUACCGGCGAAAAUCGAAGAGCUCCUGGAAAUAUUGCAAGGCAAAGAAGAUGAAAUAAAACAGUACAGGAGAGAAUAUGGUAGUUUGCGAAGAUCAACACUUGCAACGAAUGACUUUGAUAUGGCGUUGUUUCGUGAACAAUAUGCAGCCGCCGACGUGAGUGUAAAGGCUUUGCAAAGAGUUGUAGCACGUUGGCGCUCAGAGCACGGAGAUGCGGAAUGCGAAUUAGAAACAUUAUACAACAACAAAAGCAGUCCGACAAAUAUAAUAAAAAAGGAGGAACCGAAAACAAGUGUCUCAAGUGCAAGCAAAAGUGUACAAGAAAGUCCACGAAGCAGGAAACGCAAAGCUUUGCAUAGUUAUAAAACGCAAAUGAUGCGUUCACUGCAAUCAGGCUCAAAGGAUUUGCAAUACGAAAGUCAAAGUCAAUCGCUUAGUGAGCAUGAGCAAGAAGACAUAAGAGAGGUGAAAAAAGUGCGGAGAAAUGACGAAGAUGUAGACAAUGUAAUUGUUAACGAAGCGAUAGCAGGGAAGAGUGUAAAUACACCAAGUAAACUGAAAGCAGCGGAAAAGCCUACAAAAGCUCCGACAAAUCUCAUUGUGAAAGACAGCAGUACGCCUGCAAAGGAGGUAGCAAGUAAAGUCAAAAAAGCGUCACCGAGCGUUGAAAAGCGUCCAAAUACUCGCCAAAGACGUCGCGAGUGUGAAAUGGGUGAUUUGAAUUCAACUGAGCUGGAACUCAUGGAUACCACUAGUGAUUGUGUGUCGCCUGUGCUGAAUAAGAGUGUGGCGCAGGCGAAGCAGACUACUACUGCAAAAACAAUAAGUCCGCCCAGCAAUAAUAAUGUGCAACGUAAAAUUGUAAACAGUACUACUACAAAAACAAUAAGUUCGCAAAAAGUUAAUAAUGUGCAAAAUAAAAUUGUAACUAGUGCGCAAAAAUUGGCGAAACCGCAGUUGGUGAAGCCGGUGGAGCAAUCGAAAAACGAUUUGAGUUCAUAUGUAGACUCAAUGCUGAGUCAAUUAGAAGCAUUAGAUAAAGAGUUGCGCGGGUGAUACAGCCAUAUGACUAUAAUUGGUACACAUUCGUACAUACACACAUUCAAUUAUGCUGCAAUACUUAUAGUAACUAUAAAAUUAUGUAUAAAUUUUGUAAAUUGUAAAUUGUAAAAUUAUAGCUUUUUUUAUACACACCGUUAUUGCAAAUUUUCUACUGCAUAUUGUACUUGUGAUUUUAUCUAGUAAUAAUAAACAAUGUCUACUAUCAUUA